AUGGGCAGGAAAUGCUCACAAUGUGGGAACAUGGGUCACAAUUCAAGGACUUGCGGUGUCAGGCAGCGGCGGCAGAGAGGUGGAGGUGGUGGCCUUAGGCUCUUUGGGGUCCAAGUACUUGACCUAUCUUCUUCUUCUUCCUCAUCUAAUAAUUCUCUAAUUUCCAGGAAGAAGAAGAAUAUAAUAAUUAAGAGAUGUCCUCCGAGCAUGGUCCACUGCUUGUCAUCUGUCGCAGCUUCUUCUCCAACAACACCCUCCUCUUCUACAUCUUCACGCCUUCAAAGCAGCGCCUUGAUCGACGAAAAUUCUGAGAAAAUGUCAAAUGGCUAUCCCUCUGAUGGCCUCACAGCAUUACCCCAAGAAAAUAAUUACAAGGGUGUGGCUUGGAGUGAGGAAGAGCACCAAAUGUUUGUGAUGGGGCUAGAAAAGCUUGGUAAGGGCGACUGGAAGGGCAUCUCUCGGCAUUUUGUCACCACAAGGACUCCAACCCAAGUCGCCAGUCAUGCUCAGAAGUAUUUUCUCAGACUAAACACCCUCAACAACAAACGACGCCGUCCCAGCCUUCUUUAUGUUGGUAAAGAUGAACUCUCAGUUCAACUGAUGAACAAACCAAACAUUUUUAGACCUAAUAAUAUUGAAGCUUCGAGUGCUAUUAUUCCAUAUGGGUAUGGGUUUGACAGCAGUCAGCUCUCUUCUUCAUCGACUUUAGCAGCAGAGCCUGCAGCUCCUCUUCCAACUGCAGCAACUGAUUUAGAACUUAAGCUUGCAGCUCUGAUGCCGUUGGAUCAACAGACUAAACCCUGCCCUAGAGCCCUUCUAACUGCACCUAUAUGUUAA